GACGUGAGUGCUUGCGGAAGCAGCGCGUGGAAUGCAGUACAUUGUUGUUGUUUUGUAGUUAAUUUAGUCCGAGGAUACACCGCUGCCUGUUGCUGCCGGACGCUUUAUUCAACUGUGUCAAGUUUCGCCGCUCAUUGGAAGAGAAAAACUUACUCCAGAACUUUUUUGCAUUCCUCUUCAUAGAUACGAGCCGUCCAUAGAGUGGCUUCUGUGAGUUCCUGGACAGAUUUCUGCAUGCAGGGAAUGACGACUCAUUUCAAGCCGAACAAAGCAUUAAAGUGCCUUGACUUUGGCAUUGUCCCUGUGCCCGAGCAGGUCAAGAAGGAGGCGGGUGAGAAUGCCCCGGCCCUUAGCGACGAUGAGCUGGUCGCUAUGUCAGUGCGGGAGCUCAACCAGCACCUGCGCGGGCUGACCAAGGAAGACGUGGUGAGGCUCAAGCAACGCCGACGUACCCUCAAGAACCGGGGGUACGCUGCCAGUUGCCGGAUUAAACGUGUGACCCAGAAAGAGGAGCUGGAGCGUCAGAAGAUCGAGCUGCAGAUGGAGGUGGACAAACUGGCGAGAGAAAACGCCAGCAUGAGACUGGAGCUAGACGCCCUCCGAGCCAAGUACGAGGCGCUGCAGUGCUUCGCCCGGACUGUCACCCGCGGGCCCCUGUCACCAGGCAAAGUGGCCACCACCAGUGUCAUCACCAUUGUCAAAUCGGCCAAUCACAACAACACCAACAGCUCCGCCCCCUUCUCCGCCCCGUCCUAGUGGCGGUAGGGCUGGGCUCCCGUUCUCUGCCUGGUCCUUGAGGUUCAGACCGGACCCGCUCGCCCUGAACUGAGAGGAGCUCAGCUGAGAGACUGAGGGCGCAGCGGGACCUAUGUCUUUGCGAGGUGAUAUGCUGCAUUCACAUAAGUCUGUUUCUACAUUUGUCUGUAUGUGCACUGUGCAAAGCCUUCUGGCCCCGCCCCCAUUGCACAGGCCACACCCCCUCCCACACCAAUGCUGUUUUAGCCCUCUGUGACCUUGCCUCAUGACUGAUAGCACAGAUUUCUAUUUAUAUGAAUAUGUACAUGCCUUACAAACAAUGCUAGCACAAGCCUAUGUUGUAGACCAGACAGUGGAGUAUUUGCCAUGGCCGUUAAGUUUGAAGAGAAAGCCAAUAGUAAAGUUUAAGUGGGGAUUUCAGAGCUGUUGCCUUAAACCAUGCGACUGUGAUGUGCCCUGAAGCCGGGGUCAGCUGGACACUUCUUCAGUCAUAUUAUAAAAGCGAUUCAACCCACUGCCUUUAAAACUCUGCCAAACACACAACCAGAUGUUUUCAGUGAUUACUCUUUUGGAAAAGUGUUUAGAAAAGCUGUGGAGUUGGCGGCUAAGUGUGUGGUUGGAGAGAGAGCCAGCAUACAGAUUGCUCUCUAUGGGGAUGUUGGAUCGCACUGCACUUUGAUGUGGAGAAAUUACUGAGUAGAGUUUAGCUGCUGGGCUGGUGAUUCUGAUGGAUGAAGACAGUUGAGGUGAGGUUUGGUUUGAACAGGAAGUUGUUGAAUGGUAAAAGAAGGAGUUUUUUUGACAUGUGAAAUUGUGAAUCAGUCAAUCAGUGUCUGUGAUUUUUAUAAAAGGCACAAUAAACUGUGGAAGGCAUUUUGUUAACACUUCAGUUUAAAUGCCUGCUCUGGGUGAUGUCUGAGGAAAACAGACCAUAGGCGCUGGUGGAACUUAACAUAAAGUGAAACAGCUCCAUUGUAUCUAAUGCAUUAGGCUGUGACUGUGCCAGGCUCAUACGACUUAAGCAGAGCAGUGGAGGUUUAGCAGAAAGCACUUAAACUGUUUGGGGACAGUAUAAUCAGAACGACUCCAGAAAGGCUCUACUGUGACGAUGUGAUAUUUAAAUGUGAAAGAGUUCAGGUCUGACCUGAGUGACUGAAGACCAGGUAAAAGCCCAUAGCACCACUGUGCCUCUUUAAUGCCACACUGAUGUUGUCCAUAUUGGAUGUUCAGUGUUAGCUCACACAGGUCACACUUCCUGUAUAUUACAGACAUGAACCUGCGUCUGGUUUCAUUUCUCCUAAAAGUCGAACUGUAAGAACUGCUCCCACUGUGGCAGUGACACUCAACAUUGAAAGUCCGUCCAAAUAUCAUUCCUUCCUGGGGUCACAGAGUGGCUGAGUGGCGCUUGGUUCACACAGCUCUUCACUUGUGCUUUUGACACGCUCUUCAGCAGAGAGCUCCUGACUCUGAGCUGCCCCCCUCUUCACUCCAGACAUUUGUAAAGUUCAAUCUGAAUUCACUUGAAACCCGCUCUAUACGGUGGGAGCCAUUCCUGACGGAGUGAGAAGGACAGCUGAUGUCAGGACUUCUUCUGCUCAAGAGGACACGACUGUUGCCCCCUGUUGGUGGGGCCUUGCUGCUGUUUGACCUGCUGUGAUUGUGAAGCAGGGCAUUGCUGUGUCUCGACUUUGUAAUUUCACUUGGUUUUAAUGUUUAUACGUCCCGAUUUCUCCCUUAUACUGUAUUUACUUUUAUAUGCAUAUACAAUAUACAUUACAUAUUUUUCUAUAUUUAUGUCUUGUACUAUCUUGGGAGUGGUGUGAUUAUAUAAUCAAGUUUAAUGUCAAUGCUGGCCUUCUCUGAUAAAGCUGUGUUAUAUUUUAUAAAGUUCAGUUUGUUCCACACAGCACUCACAUAAUCUCAAACUGAGGUUAUGAACACGAUGUUCCAAACAUCAACAAACGGAAUAAUGCAAGUAAAUAAAACCGUUUCUUUUAAUUAGCGCCCUGAUAGAAAAACAUAGCACAGAUACUAUUGUAUUUGAUUCAGCUCUUAGUAGUUAUGUACUACAUGAAAGGUCUAUCACAGCCUUCUAGCUGUAAACAUUGUUAAAAAGUCUAAUAGGACUUGAAAGAAAUAUUUUUGAUGCUCAAGUUCACGUGAUUUUGCUCUAGCUUUUGUUACUAAAAUAUACCUAAAGCUGCUAAAAGACUGUCUAAAUCUUUUAUGGACAUAGAAAAUAUAAAAGACAGCAUGUUUACAUUGUUCAUUUUGACCUAAUUCCUCAACAUUAAACUCGGAUAUCACAAUGACAUCUUGUGGUAAAAAAAAAAGCAUAUAGAAGUUAUUAAGCACCUAUUACUGUAAAAAAACUCAGCAGCUUAAAGCAUAACAAAUGUAUUUUUAUUUUUGUGCCUUAACAAGACAAACCUCUCUCAAGGUGAUCACACAAAGUACUGCUAUAGGGAAGGAUACAAAUACUUUAUUACUUCUCCACUGAAUAUGACUGAAGUUCAAGGUGUGAACUUAGAAUGCAAUUUUUGAAGCUAUUGACAAAGCACAAGUUGGAGGUUGAAGAUGUCCUCUGUAGUUUAUAAUUUAAACUAGACUAAGCUGUAUAACUCAAGCUCUCUGUCCAAGCUACAUUGUAAAUUAGCUCAUUAUUUUAGGGGUUUAGAGAUAGAACAAGCUCCAUAGUAAAUGUAUGGUGGGGCAUUUAAAUGUACUAUGUGGUUAUGGCCGACUAAAUGCUUGCCAUCAGUGCUAUGUUAAGUAUGUACUUCAGUGAUAUGGGCUUUCCUUGUUGUAGUCUGUAGGCUUAUCGAGUGACUGUAAACAAGGGCAGAUAUAAGGCAGCAUAAAGUGUACCCUUCACAACUUGUCAUUACUCAUGUUUUAUAUUUAUUUCAUUGAUUUAUGUAAUUUUAUUAAAACCUAAAUUAUUUUUAUUUUACAUACAUUUAUUUACAUGUUUUUUCAACCUUUAUGUAUAAAUAAAUCUGUCUCUGAUUUAAAA